GAAGUACUUGGACCACACUAGCCUAUCGUCGAAUUGGGAAACAAAUUCGGCGGGAGAUCUCACUUUUUCUGAUGUUUCUUCGUUGUCUGCUGCCGUUGCCGCCACCUCUUCGUGAUCUAUCAAGGCUCAACGUUCUUUGGAGAAAACCAAGCUGCUGGGGCGUCCACGUUUGUGAUCUACGUAAAGCUCAAUAUUUGCAUUCUUUUCCCUCCAGACGCUACUCAAGUUCAGGAAACAUGCCGAGUGAACAAAUCACCUUGCAGUUUGCAAAAAUGACAAACCAAGCCACAACUCCAACGAGGGGUUCCGCCUUGGCUGCUGGCUACGAUUUGUACAGUGCGUACGAGUACAAGAUCCCAGCCAGAGGUAAACAGAUUGUGAAGACAGACAUACAGAUUGCUUUACCCGAUGGCUGCUACGGCCGGGUGGCGCCUCGCUCGGGACUGGCUGCCAAACACUUCAUCGACGUCGGUGCCGGGGUUAUUGACCAGGACUACCGGGGGAAUGUCGGGGUCGUCAUGUUCAACUUCUCCGAGGAAGAGUUUGUGGUCAACAAAGGGGACCGCAUCGCUCAGCUUAUUUGUGAGAGGAUUUAUCUUCCCCAGCUGGAGGAGUUGCCUUCUCUUGAUUCUACGGAGAGGGGCAGUGGCGGCUAUGGCUCGACUGGCAAAAACUGAACUAACAGACAGUGAACUGUCGUGUAUUGUUUUUUUUUCUUGUUUUGGUGUGAUAGGUGUUAUGAUAGAGAGUGCUUGCGUCUGUUGGAAAUGUUCAUUUUGACUAAAUCUGAAAUCUGAUGUGAGUCUGUUGCGUGUUGUGUUUUGAAAAUUUUGAAUUCCCACUGUACAGAAUGAUGUUUUUUCUUUUGAAUUAUUUUCCAGGGGGGGAGGGGGGCAUAAGUAUUUCUCAUUAUAAGGACACUAACAUAAGAAAUGCCAGCACUCAGUAUCUUCACUUUUGGUUUUGUUAAAUAGAGGUGUAUGUGGUUUCUGCUUCAUCUUUUAUUUUAAAGGAAUAGUCCAUCAUUUUUUAGAAUCUCAUAUAUGUUUAAAACCUCUUGAUAUUCAUUUCAUGCAUCUAGGCUUAAUUGCCAGUGUUAACGAUGAUUGGCUUCCUAUCACUUUCAACUCACUAUGUACAGUGCAAGAUCCAAGUUGGAUCCUAAGUUUUUCUGUUAAUUAAGAUCAUGGUUUCCUUUCGGUCUAGUUUACCAUUUUGGGAUGGACAUAGAGUAGGCUAAUUCAACUAGGAAAGGCUCUCAGGAAUUUUGCAAAAUGUUGUCCAUUUGACUGAAAACGGUUAGGCGUUACGUCACAUUGCCUGCCUUGUACAGUUAAGGGUAUAAUGAAUAAAAAAUAAAAUGCUGACUCAGUU